UUAGUAUAUAUACAUGUACUUUUGCACGAUAGAUGCUGUUUUAGUACACAAAAGUAGGAAGAAAAAGGCUAAUAUUUCGAAAUGUAUUGCUUGGCAAUUUUCUUUGUUGCGAUUUUGUCUGUAUACUGCAAUCCGACUGUAUCACCCGAAGAAAAACUUACUCUUACCGCAGCUAGGCAGGAAAUCAUAGACGGAAACUGUACGAAUUUGAGCGAUGUUAAUUUGGUAAUGAGCGAUCAUGUUAAAAAAGCUGCGAUACCUUUCAUCGUCAGGGACGGUAAGACAUCAUGGUAUGGAGACCAGAAAAUUUUUUGUCUGAAGGUGGUAAAUUACCACGAUGAUGGAACUGUCGAGGUUACAGAAGGAGGAGUGAACCAUUCCUAUGUGACCAUCGAAAUGCAUUCGGCAAGGAGUCACGCGCUUGAAUUUCUGGUUUCUAUAUAUGCCAAAUAGAUGUUAACUCAUAUCCCUUGGUACAAUGCAGGAAAUUUAAUAAUAAUAAAGUCAGGACUGCACCUAUAAUUGUCUUAACCACACCUAGUCACGAUUUACUUUAUGCAAAUCAUACAGGAUGUUUUACGCUUGAUGGAGACCUGGAAGUAGAAAUUCGCUAAAAAUUUAGUCCCGUGGGUUUUUAAGUCUCCUUUAUAUAUUCAAAAGAUUUUCAGAGUCACAGUGUUGCUCCUUAUAUCGAAAAGUAGUAACAAGUUUGUUUUAUCUCUGCAUUGUCAGUCUGUCUACUUAUAUCUAUCUCUAGAAGUUUUGCAGAUUAUGAUUAUUUUAUUAUUUCAUUGCAAAUUGCAGUAAAAAUUUCUUUUUAAAUAUUCAACUAACCCGGCAAUAAGAAUUUACAUUGGGGUCUAUUUCAGCUGAAAAAUAUAUAAAAUAAUUAAUAUCUGGAAAACUGGAACUGGAAAAAUAAAAUAACAUACAGGUUGUUCCGUUGAUAAAAAAUAAAAGCUUUUGCUACGUUUCGAUAUAAAAGGCAACACUGGGGUACUGAAUAUAUGUAAGUCGGUUCUGUUCGCCAAAAACGUCUAAUGUUCCAUCAACUGUGAGAUAACCUCUAUUACACAAAACUUUUAUAGACGUAUUCUGGAAAUUAUAUUUGAGCUCCUUACAUAACUGCAAGGAUGAAAAAGAUCAUAAAAUGAAAUAUUUUCCAAAAAGUCUUUUGUUAAAAUGAGCCAAUCGAAUCAAAAAUAUGAUCAAAUUUUCGAAAGAACAAUAAAAUACUGAAUCAGUUAACGGAAGGACUAAACAACUAGCGUUAUGGUGCUAUCCUUUUCCAACAGUAAGUUACGGAAGUGCAACUUCAGUCAAAUCACCAUCUGUAUAUCUAUAUAUUAAUAGAAGGAAAAUGACAAUCUUUUUUUCCUUGCGCAUCCGCCCUUUCACGUACUUAUAAUAUAAAAAUUACAUUUUACAUUUGAAGUGGAUUGUAAUCAAUAUCUUGGGUCGCCACUUCCGUACGUAAAAUGAAAUUUAAUAUGUAUGUAUAUUAAGAGUGCAUGUAAUAUAAAUUCACUUUGAAAACUUCAUGGUAC